GGUCGCAAGUGUGUGUGGAGUGUGUAUGUGCGAAGGGGGGCAGUUUAAAACCUCCUUAUCAUGUUGUCACAUGCCAGCUGCUGCAGACAGAGGAGGACAUCAACACAAAUGGAGAGAGCUCGGAUAAGGAGACACUUUUCCUCUCUGGUUGUCUUCAUGGAGCUUUUUCUGUUGUAUUUUGAUGGGUUUUAACUCUCCUAUCCUUCGCUCGCCCCAUUUUUGCAUGGAUACCUAUUCACUCCUCUACAGUUCCUCCCACAGAACCGGCCUCCUCUCCGGCCUCCAACGCCUGCGUGCUCAGAGGAAGAUGUGUGAUGUUGUCCUCGAGGCUGGUGGCGUCUCGUUCCCAUGUCAUCGUGCUCUCUUAGCCAGCUCCAGCGACUAUUUUUGGGCACUUUUCGGAGAGACCGCUGCAGAAAGACUAGCAAGCACCAUUAGCCUCUCAGCCCUGACGCCUGAGGGCUUGGAGACGAUCCUGGACUUCUUGUAUUCUGGUUGGCUGAGUGUUUCCCUCGCCACACUCCCUGCUGUUCUGGAGGCGGCCCGGUACCUGCAGGUGGAGACGGCUGUGUCGAUAUGUGAGCGUUUUAUGGCAGAUUGUUUAAAAGCGGAGAACUGCUGCUGCUAUGCUAAUCUAGCAGAGCGAUUUGCACUCGUAAAUUCACUUGAAACUGCAAAUCAAACCAUCGCCAUGGAGAUGAAUGUGUUGCUGCUAAAUCAUAGAAAUGACCUCCUUGAGUUGAACUUUGAGUCACUGAUGGCCGUGCUUGAUGCAGAUGAGAUACCCGGGGUCCAGGAGGCGGAGCUAAUAAAGCUAGCUCUAGAUUGGCUGGAUAGGAAUGGGCCCCUCCCACUCUUGAAAUCAAAUCUCCUGCUGAGUCGCCUGCGUUUUGGAUUGAUAGAACCUUCUGAGCUCAACAAUCUUGGCCACGCCCAUACAGCUAUGACCACACCUCUGAUUAGAAGUCAGCUGACUCGGGCGCUGGAGUACCACCGGAUGGGUUCAGCCCAGCCAAUCACACAGAGCAAGCAGUCGACUCUCAGGGAGCCAGCUGUCGUGCUUCUUGUGGGUGGUGGCGCCAGUGCUGAUUGGCCGGAACAGCAGGUUCAAGUGUUUGAUCCAAGAAGCAGGAAGUUUUUGUCUUCCAGUUGUGUCCCCCCAGUGAGGCUGAGAUAUCCCUGUGUGUGCUCUGUAGGAGGCUUCCUCUUUGUGAUCGGAGGAGAAGAAAUAAAAAAUGGCGAUGAAGAUGAGAAGACGUCUUCUGCAAAAACAUCCAACCAAGUGUGGAGGUACGACCCACGCUUCACCUGCUGGAUGCAGGAGGAGUCCAUGUUGGAUAGGCGGGCGCAGUUUACCUGCUGCGUGGUGGAAAGCAUCGUCUACGCCAUAGGUGGACAACACUUGGACACACAUUCUUCCUUAGCGUCUGUUGAGUAUUAUGACAUGGUUGUAGGAUCGUGGAGGAGGGGUGCAGGUUUGCCCCGCCCUCUUCAUGGUCACGCCUCCACCGUGCUAGACAACAACAUCUAUGUAUCAGGGGGGCUCUCCGGCAACCAGGCCAGCAUCCAUGGCAACAGCCAAAAUGAAAACAGAGAAAUUAGUAAAGAAUUCCUCUUCUGGAACCUCAAAGAGAAAGUCUGGGAGAAGAGGGCACCCAUGUCUGUCGCGAGAUUCGGCCAUCGCUUGGCAACAGCCCACGGAUACAUUUACGCCCUGUUGGGGAUGUACGAGCCAUUCUGCGACAUCGAACGUUACGACCCCCAGUCGGACCUGUGGACACGCCUCAGACCACUCGUCACAAGCGCCUUCCACUACGGCGUCAUUUCCAUGUCAUCUGGAAAUCUGCUUGUGUUUGGAGGUCAAAGGUGGAGCGAUGGUCAGGAGGUGAUUAUUAGGAGUGUGCUAGAGUACGAUACAAAGAGAGAUCGAUGGAAAGAGAUCUCCCAGCUUCCCAGACCUCUGACUGGGAUCGAGUGCGCACUGCUGCCUCUGCUUGUGAAUAAAAUAUAAGAAUAUCAGAAAAGAAAGUACCAAGACUAAAGAUAAGCUUCAAAGUCUGUUAGAAAAAGCCACGUCUAAACAAGACCUUUAAAAACAGAAUAUAUUAUAAAAUACUUGUUCAAUUUGUUUGUUUUUUUUAUCUUUUUUUGCUCUGUUGUGUUUGUAAUUUAGGUGAAAUAAAAUCUGAAGCUAAGCUAAAUUAAUAAUUUUAACAGCAGAUCCUGUUACAUCACUUUUAUUGUCAAUCUUCUUAAGACUCAUUCCUUUUAAAAUCACAUGUAUAAAAUGAGAAAAGUAGGAUAGGCAGGACUUACAUUUAACAGCUAGAAUUCAAUAAUGGUGCAGUUUUAUGCUUCAGCUUAAGGCCGGGGACACACCGGCCGCCGAAGCGCCGGGAGGCGAAGCGCUCACGAAAUUCUGCCGCUGCUCGCUUCUCCUCAGUUCAGACCAGACGCUUCUUUCUCCGCUCCGGUCGAGGCGCGCCUCGUAGUUUUUCUUUUAACCACUUGGCGUCCUCCAUUUCCUCUCCACCUUUUCUCUGCUCUUUUCCUCUACACCCCCUCCUCCUUGCUGUUUGUGUGUGUUUGUACGCGUGUGUGUGAACCUCUGGUGUGAACCAGUUGUUAAUAGCUGGCCUACGACUUUCUGCCUCUCUGUCCUGUUUGCUUCGGUUGAAAGACACCCGAAACCACACCCCUUCACGUGGUCACACACACACACACACACACACACACACACACACACACACACACACACACACACACACACACACACACACACACACACACACACACACACACACACACACACAAGUUCGCUGUGUGUGUGUGUUUGUGUGGUUUUUAUGCAGUGUCUGUUUACGAACACAUUUGAUUAUCGCGGAAUUGUAUUUUGAAAUGCUUUAUAUUGUUGAAUUUACCGGCCUGCCUCUUAUGUCUAGGUUUGACGUCCUGCCAGAAUUGACGCGGUUCACCCGCGGCUCGCGAAAAAAAUAGAGCAGACGCCGAAACGAUCGCUGCA